AUGAAUUUUGGGCCAAUAUUACUUGCAUUAAUGGUAUUAUAUUCUGAAAAUUUGGUAGCGGCAGUGACGCGACAACCGAAAGAAGUCGGCGUGACAGGACGUCUCUGGUGCCAGGUAGGCACGAAAAAGGAGUACGGGCCCCAACAAUGUGACGACGGCGUCGAGGAGUGCUUCUUUUUCACGUGUGAUGGAGGGCAGCACGACUUUGUCGUUCGAGGCUGCGGGAUUUCGGUGACGACAAUCGGUACCGGGCUGCCGAACGAGAGCUGUUUUCAGGCUCAAUCCGUCUGCCAAUACCUGAACGGCAACAGCACGUGCGCCACCUGUCGAAAUAAGCAUAUGUGCAACGACGGAUUUUUCAAUUUUAAAUGGCUCACGAUUUGUCUAGUGUUAAUUUUGCCUGUAUUUUUGAAGCUG